CGCGCCGCAGCCCCGACCGUGAGGGCGCUUUGUGGUGAAUCUGAAUCUCUUUUGUCUGUGACAUGGGGAAAGCUGUCCAAGCCCAAUUCCAUUUUCACAAGAGGCUUUCUUUUUGGAAACAUGAUAGCGGUCUCGCUGGUUGUGCGCACGACGAGCGUUGUGGCCGCGUCUUCCUCCUGCGGCGAAUCUGCCGCUGCAGCACAGUGGCUAGGCUCAGGGCCCACCACGUGACGCUUGUCGAAUCUGCUGCGGGGAGAAGGACGCGAGGGUUGCUUUGGGCAGCGACUGUCAUGGCGGCGGCCGCCCCCAAUGCCGGGGGUUCGGCCCCUGAGGCAGCGGGUUCCGCCGAAGCUCCGCUGCAGUACAGCCUUCUCCUGCAGUACCUGGUGGGUGACAAGCGUCAGCCCCGGCUCCUGGAGCCUGGGAGCCUGGGUGGGAUCCCAAGUCCAGCCAAGAGUGAGGAGCAGAAGAUGAUGGAGAAGGUGAUGGAAAGCUGCGCUUUCAAGGCUGCGCUGGCCUGCGUGGGAGGAUUUGUCUUAGGAGGUGCAUUUGGGGUGUUUACCGCUGGCAUCGAUACCAACGUGGGCUUUGACCCUAAGGAUCCUUACCGUACACCGACUGCAAAAGAAGUUCUGAAAGACAUGGGGCAGAGAGGAAUGUCCUAUGCCAAAAAUUUUGCCAUUGUGGGAGCCAUGUUUUCUUGUACUGAGUGUUUGGUAGAAUCUUACCGGGGAAAAUCGGAUUGGAAGAACAGUGUCAUUAGUGGCUGCGUCACUGGAGGAGCCAUUGGUUUCAGAGCUGGCUUAAAGGCUGGGGCCAUUGGUUGUGGAGGUUUUGCUGCUUUCUCUGCUGCGAUUGAUUAUUACCUCCGGUGAGAGUAAUUGCCUGUGGGGAAGGACGAUGCCAGCCCCGGAUCCGGGCUGCUCUCUGGAGGACAGUUUCUGUACCACACCAGGGCCUUGGUUCAGGGCCUGAAGACAUCCGUUUUCCCUCAUGUCGUUGGUAUUCUGAGGGAGCUGCCUGGCUUCUCUGCCUCCAGCCUUCGAGGCAGGCACACUUUGCUGCUCCUGGACUCCAGCCAGCCUUCACAGAGGACGUCCCGUGCCAGAUUCUCUCAGAGCAGAUCGGGAGACAGGAUGUUGACAUAUAGGAAUUCAGCUCCACAAAGCUUCAGGCCUGACCACAGCUGGCCCUCUAGGUUGUUUGGUGUUGCGGGCACAGAGGUGACAGUGUCUCUACAGGCACUCAGGAAGCUGUUCUACCUUGGAACUCCAUGCAACUAUCUGUCUCGAAUACCAGGGCAGGGCAAGGCAGACUGAUGCCGUCCAACCAAUUAUCUCACUUGUUUUGUGUUCUGCCAUCCUUGUUUUUUUUAAAAAAAUACACCCCCCUCCCCCACUGCCACACACCUUACAGUUCAAAAGGUUGGUUUAUUUGUAUUUUAUUUUCAAAUUCCCUAUUCCAAAAAUAGUGCCGGGUGGCCCACAGAUAACAUCUGAAGGGAAAGAAUGAGAAAUCUCCCAGGGAGGCUGGGCAUGGGGGCGCUGAGGCAGGGUUGUUAGAAGACUAUGUCAUCUUCACCAAGAUCAUUACAUCUGCCAGGGCCUGCCUCAAGAAGCCCAGCCCAGCCUUUUCCUGGGAUGCAGUGAAAUCCCAUCCAUGAACUCGAUGGGCCCCUUCUAGAAAAACCCUCCUGUGCCAGCCGAGAGGCACACACUGGCUUCACGACGUGACCGCUGGACCAGUCCUGUGCUGGCCGAGAGGCACACACUGGUUUCACGACAUGACUGCUGGACCAGGCCGAGCUCGAGGCCACACAUGAAGGGUCCUGCUGUGGUCAUCUUGGUGACUCGGUCACAGCAGCUACUGGCCAAGAUCAGAUGUCGCUGAGGGGCCGUGCACCACCAUCCUCGUUCUCCGGGGUCAAGGAAGUGUUUUAACAUGUCGUGUUUUCCACUUGACCUUGUGGUAUUUUUCUUGGCCUAGCUGUGUGCCAUGGAUAUUUAAAAAAAAAAAAAAAAAAAGCCGUCUACAAUUGGGCUUCAGCACUGGUGCUGCUUUACCCUGGUGCUUUGUGGGGGAGAUGACACUAAUGGAGUCAGGCCUUUGCUCUUGGGUGGGGCACAGGCAGGUAGCUUGGCGGGGGCCACACAAUUCUGGGCACCUUCAGCCAGUGGUAAUGAGUCUCCUUUUUCCUAUAAUACGGUAAUUCCUCUACCCUUUUUUUGCCUUCUUCCUCAUCUGCCCUGUCUUCUGGCCCACACACUCUUAACCAGAGUUCAGAUUCAGCUUACAUGGCCUGGAGGCCCGAGUGUUUGUACAUGAGUGAUGAUGUCAAACCCAGCUGGUAACACCUUCCUUGGGCCAUGUUUGCCGUUUCCUUGGAAUGAAUGUGAGUUCCUGCUCAGGGCUCAUGUCCUUUUACGGUGAAUUCUAUAUAACGCCCCUCCCAGUCUCACAGCUAGGAGGCUUCAUCACUGCUAGGCCAGUUGGAGCAUUCCCUAGAGCUCAGAACAAAUUGUUUCCUCUGCUGUCCCUAAAUACAGGACACCUACAAGCACUCUGAAGCAAGGGCAGACACUCCUCCCUGGUACCUGUCAAAGUCCUAGGAUGCCUGGGAUCUUCCAUCUUUCAGUCUAGCACAUGGGACCAAAUACAAGAGAAGCUGCCCUCACAACGGCCUUGGAAAAGAUGAGCACCAGGGCUGUCAGUAGCCAUCAGUUCAGUGAGCCAGGCAUUGUCCACGCUGCCUAUUCACUCGAGAGAUGAAUAGUUUCCUGUUUUCGAUGGCUGGGGAGCCAGUAUGAGCUCAUAAACCAAACAGCAGUUUUCAGAGACAUCUGUUCCUGAUCUUCAGAAUAAACUCAGUGUCCAGUUGCUUCGGCUGGUGGGAGCCGAUAUUCACGCCACUGGCUCUCUCAAAGGGAGGGUGGGCCCUCGGAGACCCAGCUUCUCUGACAAGCAGAUUAGACGAAAAGGCUGCCUCAAAGAUGUGCCACUUUGAAGGAAAACGUAGAGAAGCGUUUACAUAAAAGAAGAUGCUUCCUCUUCAGCGGACAACUUCAUGCCACUUACAAGGCAUGCUGAUGGCCAGAUCCCGGGUGGGACAUUUGUACUGUAGCAGCACAUGGCAAAGGCGAGCCAGAAGCAGCCUGGAUGCUGGCUGAUCCGGAGGCCUUUGUGAAGAGCAAGGAGAGGGCUCGAGCCCACAUCCCUGCAGCUCUGCCCCAGCCCCCGUGGGCCACAGGGAGGCUCAAGGGGAGUGAACUAGGUAAACAGAUUCCUGGAAACUCACAUCUGGAUGCAGCUGGAAGAGUUAAAUAUUGACAUUGGUGGCUUCCCUGGACCACUGCGAACACAAACAUCCACACCACAGGGCUGAGUUUUGUGCAAAUGUUGGGGCUUUGCAUUUUUUAUUAACAUUUUCCUCUCACGUGGUUUACAUCGAUUUAUAAUAAUCUACAUAAGUUGAAACAGAACAUAGACAAAAAAAUAUAUCCUUACCAACUUAUUAAAGUCAGAUAUUCAUGAA